AUGUCUUCCUCCGCCCCUUCUUCCUCCUCUUCCGGUAGUGGCCGACGGCGGAGAGGUGGCGGUGAUUUUGAUGGUCCUUCUUCAUCCCGCCGUCGUGGCGCCAAUGAAGUUUGGCCGGAGCCAUUUGUUGAAGCACUUGCCACUCAAGUCGCCAUUGAUGCUUCUCGUUCUCUUGGUCGAAUCCAUGCUGCUGCUGCUCUAUCUAAUGUUUUCCAGGUGUGUUCCACGUGGCGUGCUGUGUCUCGGUCUGAGCUAUUGUGGCAUCGUUUGACCACUCGGAUAUGGAGUCGGAGCUUUCGUGUACUCGACACGUGGCGAGAUGAGUACAUCUACUGGCACACUACAGCUCGCAAUUUUCGUAUGCGUAGAUCUCUCCAUACUGUCCUCCAAUAUGAUCAAUCCGACGUGGAUGAACCCGACGGUUUGAUGUGUCGUUGCCUUGCCAUCUCCUUGCGAUACUUGGCAUGCGGAUUUGCCGAUGGUACUGUUCGGCUAUUCGACCUUGCUACACGGUUGCAUCUCACAACAUUUCGCCCCCACCACCGCGACCGCCUUGGUCAAUUCUCUCGUGCCGUCUCUGGCAUUGUGAUCAUUGCUGAUGCUCGUCUCGUCUUUGCAAGCAUUGAUGGCGAUAUCCACAUUGGAAUCAUUGCCCCCACCCCUGGCGCUAUUUCCCCAACGCGUCGAGUCCACGAGGGCAAUGUGAUGAACGAUGGCGUGCUAGUUGACUUUGCCGGUUGCGAUCGGUGGUGGGUUGGACUCUACGCAGGUGUACCUGGCCGUGCAUUCCACAUAUGGGAUGGAAACAGUGAAGAACUCGUGUUCGUAGGUGGGUCGUUGACCGACCCAGAAUCCGUAACAGGGUGGCACAUGCUGGCGGAGCCGACGGAGCAAGUGGGUCGAGUACGGGUGUCGAAUCGAGAAUCAGCAGUGGCCUGCACUAGCCUACAACUCAUGGUUUUGGACUUAAGAAAUCAAGAAGUGGUAUUAAAUGAGGAGGAAAAUGGGGUGGUACGGAUAGUAACAUCAAUGGAUGUAAGCAAUGAGACUUACAUAGUGGUGGAUGGACAUGGAGUGGCUGUGGUACGACGAGUAGACACGAUGGAAGAAGUUUGUACAUUCACAGUAAGAGGGGCAGCUCAAAGAGGAGCUGUGGGCUGCAUCAACACGGGUUAUGCCGUGAUGAGCUCCGGCGGAGCGAUAAGGGUUUGGGACAUCGAGCACGGCCAAUAUCUGUACAGGUUUAGAGAGAGGAUUGGGGCUGCCAAUGCCAUCGUUGCCAAUGACCGAUACGUGGCUGCCUCCGGUUUCGACACGACAUUACAUUUGUGGGAUUUUGGUGCAUAAUUAAAACAAGGUAGUAGAAGAUCGGUUAUGGGGGUAAUGUGUUGUACAGUUUGGAAAACAGUUGGUUUUUGUGGCUGUGGAUGGAGGUUUCAUUGUUAUUCCAUUUUGUUGGGAACUUGAAGGCUUAGGUUUAAUGGGAGAUUUAAAUUAUGGUUUUUUUUUUUUUUUUUUUUUUUUUUUUUUUUUUUGUCGUGGGGGAAG